CAACUGACAAGCUGAUAUAAAACAAAAACUGUGGCAAAAACGAUAUCAUUCUGUGACGGCUUGUUUACAUUUUUUUGUUGAGAUUUGAGUUGGGAAAUAGGUAUCCAUAUAAUAUUGAAAUUAUUUAGCAAUGAAUUACAAAGAUCGAUGUCGAACGUGCUUGGGCACCGAGAAGGAAAUGCGACACGUCCACACGACUAUAACUAUAGCUGGAGAUAAUGUCCGACUGUCUGAUAUUCUACACAAAUUUUAUAAUUAUUCGAUAAUAGAAGAAAGUGUCCUACCCGAGAACAUUUGUAUCAACUGUGUCCAUCAACUCACUAUCACAUAUUCGUUCAAAGUGCUCAUAGAAACAAGUGCAAAAAAACUUUCAGAAUUAAAUUCAGUUGAUUCUACUAGCGAGAAUGUUGAUGCUAAUCAUUAUGAGUCAGAUGAUAACCACCCACUUAAAGAAGUUAUUGAAUACAAAACACCUACAAAGCAAUGUAACCCAAAGUUAGAAAAUGAUGUUACAUUCUGUGUUGAAUGUAAGUCAGAAUUUCAUUCUGUAAAACAACUUAAAGAACAUUGCACAAAAAGACAUCCAAUAAAAUCAACAACAGGCAGAGAUUGUGAUUAUUGCAAUGAAAAGUUUGACGAUUUCCGAUCCCUAGUGUUACAUAGAAAAUUGCACCUAAAACCGUUUUUAUGUGAAAAUUGUUGGGAAGGAUUCUACAGUUUAUACGAAUUGAACAUACAUUCCUGUCAGCCUAAUAAAAAUAAGAUUAAAAAUAACACAACAGAAAGGGAGUUGAGACAAUGUGAUCAGUGUGGAAAAUCAUACCCACCUGGUUACAUCAAAAUUCAUAUGAGGACACACAGCAGUGAUCGUCCAUAUAGAUGUAAAUUCUGUCCUAAAGCCUUUAAAGUACCCGGAAGUCUUCACUCCCACAUCCUAUGGAAUCAUAAAAGGACGAGAAAUCAUAAAUGUGAAGUUUGUAAUGCUACAUUCAUAUCAUCAAGUUCAAGAAGCUCUCAUAUAAGAAAGAAUCAUUUGAAAGAAAAGAAGUAUGGAUGCGAAAGUUGCAGUAAGCGAUUUUUCUCCAAAUCUGAAUUGCAGAGACAUUCGCUGACACACACAGGAGUCAAAAACUUCCAUUGCCACUUAUGUGAUAAGUCUUAUCAAACCAGAUAUGGUCUGAAUGUACAUUUAAAAUCACACACUCAAAUGCAAAUGAAAAUUGAACAUGAACUUGUAAAUUAUGUGAAUAUUUAAUAUUAUAUGAAUGUAACUUUUGUAAUCUGAACAUUGACUGUUAAGUACAAGUUUUUAUUUCUGUAAACAUUGUGAUCUCAUUUGUAAAAUUAAGUUAUAUAUUAUUGUAAUUUAAAAAU